AUGGCUGCGACUGCUUCCGGGCGUCAUGCUUGGCGCCAACUGAUGCGCGACACCUCCCGCCGGUCGGUCUCGACCAACGGCAGCAACUUCCUGCGGUAUCAACAGCAACUAUAUCGAUCCCCCUUCUCCCGACAAGUUUCGUCUUCGUCUGGCCGUGUCGCGCUACGGUCUCCGUCCUCACUUCUCCGUCAACAACAGCAGCAGCAGCCGCUCGGGCAACGCUUGUACAGCUCCGAAUCGUCGCAGGGCAGUGGCAACACUACCCCCCCUCCUCCUCCUCCUCCACCAAAGAACAGCAGAAGCCAGGUCAAGUUCUGGCCAUUUGUAGUCGUCAUUGCCCUUGGUUCGGGUGGUUACAUGCUCUUGGUGAACAACCGGAAAGAAAUGCCUCCGACCGACAAGAACGCCCAGGGCGCCACGCCCGCCUUUUCCCCGUCCGAAGUGACUGUCCUCUUCGUCCUCGGCGGACCCGGCGCCGGCAAGGGCACACAGUGCGCCCGGCUCGUCAACGACUACCACUUCAAGCACCUUUCCGCCGGUGAUCUCCUGCGGGCCGAGCAAAACCGCCCCGGCUCGCAAUACGGCCAGCUGAUCAAAGACUACAUCAAAGACGGCUUGAUCGUGCCGAUGGAAGUCACCGUGGCGCUGCUGGAGAACGCGAUGCGAGACACCAUCACCGAGAGCAAGGGGGCGACCAACAAGUUCUUGAUCGACGGGUUCCCGCGCAAGAUGGACCAGGCCCUGAAGUUCGAGGAGAUCGUCUGCCCGGCCAAACUGGUGCUGUUCUACGACUGCCCGGAGGCCGAGAUGGAGCGCCGCCUGCUGGAGCGCGGCAAGACGAGCGGACGAGCGGACGACAACGCCGAGAGCAUCCGCAAGCGCUUCCGCACGUUUGUGGAGACUAGCAUGCCGGUUGUGGACCACUACGAGAAGGAAAACCGUGUGGUCAAGGUCGAUGCUACGGCCACUCCGGAUAAGGUGUAUGCCACGACCCAGGAGAAGCUGAAGAAUGUGCUGGGGGACAAGCUUUGA